GAGCAGCUCCGCCCCGCAGUCGAGGACAGACAGCGAAGAGACGGAGACAUGUGCUGAGAGAGAGACAGGGCUUCUGUGGAGGUAGGACAGCUCGUCUGUUGGAAGGAAAGACAGAAAAUGUCAUUUCACACUCGUGAGAGCGACGGUCUGUGAGGAGCAGCAAGUUGUGAACGCAGAAGCGACAUUUAAAGCGUCAACUUUGCGCGUGAUGCGGCGUGCGUGGGUUCGGCAUCGCGUCUGUGAGCGCGGCUCGAACCCGCAACCGAGAUAACUUUCACACGGCAAUUCGACACGGAAGUGCCGGCUACUUUGUCCUCUCAUUGACUGGUGAUAAAGAAGACCGACUCGCUUCAGGUGGCUUCGGAGAGAGGAGACGCACGGACCACGCGCAUGUGUGGAGUACCAGCAGGAUUUUAGAGCGCGCACGUUCGCCUGAAUGGAUGGUAACUAUCUGGCCACUUUUUACGAGUCUGAGAAAAGUUUUUGAAAGCCACUGGAAGGAAGAAUGGAUGUGAAAAGCAAGCGGUAUUGUAGUUUGACAUGCAGCGCUUCUCUUUCUCCGAUCGUCAUGGAAACAUCUCAAGCUGUGGAGGUCGAGAUGCUGGAUGGAUCCUCCGUGAGAAGUUCAUUCGCUGAGCUUUGACUUGACUUUUUAUUCCUUCGCAGAAGAAUGUGAUGCAUGUGAACAAGACUUACCCACACAUGAUCGUUCUUCUUAAACGCAUCUGUUAUUAACUGAGCUUGUGUUUUCUCCCUGUUUGCGUUGACAUUAUGGACAAGAACUCUAUUGCAUAUCAGAUGGAGUUGACACUUUUCAUGGUCGUCCUCCUGUUUUGGGUCACCGUGUGUGCGGAUGACAGUAAGAUCAUUUCAGACCGGUAUGGUGUGUACUGGAACAGCACGAAUCCCAGAUUCUUGCAUGGUGAAUACACAGUGGAGGUGGCCAUCAAUGACUACCUGGACAUCUACUGUCCACACUAUGAGGACCAUCAUCCACAGGAGCGCAUGGAACGCUACAUCCUUUUCAUGGUCAACUAUGAUGGCUACACUACCUGCAACCACCACAUGAAAGGCUUCAAGCGCUGGGAAUGCAACCGCCCAAUGAGUCCGAAUGGGCCCCUCAAGUUCUCAGAGAAGUUCCAGCUGUUCACACCCUUCUCUCUGGGCUUCGAGUUCCGCCCAGGCCAUGAAUACUACUACAUCUCCUCACCACACCCCAACCUCGGUGGGAAGCCGUGUUUGAAGCUGAAGGUGUACGUCAAGCCUACGAAUGACUCUCUGUACGAGUCUCCAGAGCCGUUCCUGACAGAUGACUCCAGCGGUGGUUGGGCAUUAACGCCCAGUCUGUGGCUCAUGCUUCCGCUGCUUCUGCUCCUGUGCUCCUCAUAGCACUAUAACCCUCUGAGUCUGAUCACACCCACCCAACCUGCCCCGCCCCAUCAUGCAUCACAAUGACACGUCCCCCCCCUUCAGUUCUGGAGUCCAGCCAACAGACGUUGAUAUGGAUUUUUACCCAGCCUGCAACCCUGCAGGACAUUCGCUAACCAACCCUAAUUUGCAGACAAUUAAGACAAUUAUGCUCCGCCCAAAUGCCCAAAUUUGGGCAUUCCUGCAUAGGCACGCUUGCUCAACUGACAAAGACAUGUGAAUUGGCCAGCUUUUUUGAGAGCGCUCUACUUUUCUGCCAACAUCCCACCAUCAUCUGCGUGUCACGAGACAGAUUCAACCGACUGCCAUCUGAAUCGCUUUGUUUGUCUGCGUUAACCACCUACCUGAGCCUUCACUGUCAUCUGAGCUCAAUUUUCACUUUUGUGAGAGCGUGUGCGAGUGUCUAUGUUCGUGUUUGUUUGUGCUCGUGUGAGCAUGUAUGCCGAUGUUCGCAUAUGAACAGAUGUACAGAGCAGUCACAGUCCCUUACAAAAUUACUAGAAAAAACUUGUUCCAUUACUCACUGAGAGAAGAAGACAGUUCUAUCUGUGAAUCUGCCAAAGACACUACUUAAAAUUGUUUAAUAAGGGGAGUGGGGACAAUAUUGGUUUUGGUAAGAGAUUACAUGCAACCAUGGAACAUUUCAGGCUUUUAGAGUCAUGAGAGGGGAGUGACGACAGUGUAGAUUUUUCUAUUAUGAUCUUUUUUUG